AUGAAGUACGUGCUGGUGACAGGAGGCGUGGUGAGCGGGCUCGGGAAAGGAGUAACUGCCAGCAGCAUUGGCGUCGUCCUGAAGGCGUGCGGCCUUCGCGUCACCUCUGUCAAAAUUGGUACCCUUCUUCUCGGAUAGUUUUCCUUUCGAGUAUUUUCCGUUCCUGAGUAUUGGGGUAUUGGCCAAUGAACCUGUUUAUCCGUUUGUCUAGUUUUCUGUUUUCAUCGAUGAACUCCUCUCGGUUUUUUCGUCUCCACUUGUACGAGUUAGUGAGAAGGAUUUUUUUGCCUUAUCCGUGCCCGGUUUCUUCACGCCGCUACAAAGUUGAACUUUUUGUCAUCCUGAUAACAUUGGAAACGUUUAACUAUUUUGAAUGUUAUCGUCCAACGUUGAUCUCCUUGUAAGGGCGUGUUGUGCGACUAUUUUAUGGAUAUUAAGCUUGUUUAUUACAGAUCCAUAUUUGAACACUGAUGCGGGGACAAUGUCCCCUUUUGAGCAUGGGGAGGUUUUUGUCCUGGAUGAUGGUGGAGAGGUCUGUUGCUUCACUCUUUGCGCAAACUGUAUAGGACCAGGUCUCAAUGAUUCGUUUUUUUUUUUACCGUCUCCGUAUUUUUUACCAUAAUUUAUUUUAAUUUUACUAUUAUCCCAACUUUGUAAACUUCUACUGAAGUUUCAAAUGAUGCCGAGCAAAGGUCGAUCUGGACCUGGGGAACUAUGAGCGCUUCCUGGACAUCACGUUAACUCGGGACAAUAACAUUACCACUGGGAAGAUAUAUCAGGUGAACGAGCCUUUGAUAAGCAAAUUUUGCUCACAAUGGGGGUUGCUCUGCUUCUUUCUUCUCUUUCUUUCUUUUUUCCUCGAGUGUGACGAAUCCAUUUUUUUUUCCUCAGUCUGUUCUUGACAAGGAACGGAGAGGAGACUAUCUUGGAAAGACUGUUCAGGUGAUGAUUGAAGAUUAUAAGUACAGAUAUCCAUCAUUUUUCAAUGCACAUGCAUCAAUUAUGGUGUCCAUGACUACAGUAUUGAAGAGCCCUUAUUACCACUGCUCCAGUUUAUUUCAGGUCGUUCCGCACAUAACUGACGCCAUUAAGAAUUGGAUUGAAAGGGUGUCUACUAUUUCUGUCGAUGGAAAAGAUGGACCGCCUGAUAUUUGUGUUAUAGAAUUAGGUGGAACAGUAGGUAGGUGUUAUGAGGCUCUGUUGUCAAAUGUUGCAAGCAGCUCUUUACUGUUAUCAUCCUAUUACGACCCGGUCAUUUAAGAUAUUUCUUGUUGACAAGAAAUUAAUUUUUGCUGUCAGGUGAUAUCGAGUCUAUGCCAUUCAUUGAGGCCUUGCGUCAAUUGUCAUUUUCUAUUGGUAUGGUACCUGUAAUUACUCUACUGUCCUCCUGUCUACUGUUUUUAUUUCAAACUUCAAUAUGUCGACCAUUACACUUGCUCGAGAAAAUGAUUAGUCCUUGUUGAAAAUGAUUACCAGCCAUGUGCUAUGAAUAAAAAAUGGAAAACAUGUAUGUAUGCAUAAUUUUUAGUAUUUUCUCCUAUGACUUUUCCGAUCAAAAGUAGGCCAUUUUUACCAAGUGGGCUGCAUGGUUAUGAUUGAUUAUUUGGUUGUUGCUGAUUUUAUUGUUCUCUCUUAAGAAAGAUAUCUUCCUGCACUUGCACUGAGGAAAUUUUUGUCUCUUUUUCCUCUUUCUUCAUGAUAGUCAGUAAGUGGUGGCAGAACACACUGCCCAUUUCUUUUGUUAUUACAUUGGGGAAUUUCCUUCGACACAGAAAGUUUUGUGAAAUUUAGUUCAGGUUGAAUCUUUUCAUUUUGUGGAAAUCCUUUUGGUUGUCUUCUCUAGUAUCUUGUUAUUAUUGUUUGCCCCUUUUGUCUUUUGUAAUGAGUGCUAGGGCAAAUGUUUUUCUAGUCCACAGUGGAGCCCGCAUAUGCACCCGUCCUGUCCUGUAGAUAGUAUCCUCUCUACCUUGAUUUUUCAAAUAAAACUUCUGGGAUCGCUUGUAAGCGCUUAUCCACGUGUUUGGUCAUUUUUGAAAUAAGCCUUCGUUAUAGCCCAUCUUGGUAUACUCUGCUGCUUUUUAGCUAGUGUCCCUACAUUAUGGCUUCGUGGUGAAUGGGUGACUUUAUGGCUUGUAAAUAGUUGGCUGGUAGAAACACAAACUAUGCUUAAUGGCUUAAAGAAUUUGAUAAUCUCUGGCCUGUUUGUCGGAAUUAGGCUUCAUGUGUCUAUUUCCAUUUCAGUGAAAUGAGUUUCUCAUAUAACUGAAGUAGAUAUAAUGUAUAUUCGUAUUUUUUUCCCCCAGGAAAAGAUAACUUUUGCCUCAUUCAUGUCAGCCUUAUACCGGUGCUGGGUGUUGUUGGUGAGCAGGUAGACUACCAUAAUGAUCAUUCUUUUUAAAUUCAAAGUACAAUUCUUGUGGUAACCAAGUUUUCCCUGGCUUGUAAUUAUUGUUCGUUUUAUGUCAUUACCUUUCCAAUCUGAAUGUGUGGUUCCUUUUCACUCUUUGUCUUUGUUAGAAAACCAAGCCAACUCAACAUAGUGUGAGGGAGUUGAGAGCAUUAGGUUUGACACCUGAUCUUUUAGUCUGCCGUUCUGCUCAGGUACUUCCAACAUUCAUAUAACUUGAACUUACUGAGCGACAUUGUAUCUUCAUAUUACUAGUACUUUUUCAUUGAAAUGAGUACCUGGUUUUUGAAUGUUUUAUUUGGAAGGUGAUUUAUCGAGUCAUAUUUAUAUUUUUGUUUAGUAACAUCUGUCUAGACUUUUGGUGCGUUGGUUUCAUAAAAUUAUGGUCUGGAAUCACAUAAAUGAUGGCUGUGUCACUUCUAAUGUCCCUUUCUAAUGUGUCCUUCAGUUGGGUUAUGAUCUGGGUUGCAGGCUAAAAUCAAAUUUCUGGAUCUUAUUUCUGUUUCUGGCAAAAUUCUUUAUGGUACAUCAUCUAGUCUGUACCUUUGGUUAUAGUCUAAUAAUUUUGUGUCUUUGGGAAAUUGGGGACACUUCCUACCCAUUUUCUUGGCCCACAUGUGUUUCUUGUUUAUUUCAUGGUGUAAACAUUGCUUAAUUUUUUCUUUAAAUAAAAAAAAAAAGUAAUUCUACAGCCAAGGGUUUCAGAUAUGAAUACAUCAGGAUAUUUUUCAUGACAUCCAUUCGUUUACCCAUCGAUCUGUUGGUAUGCUUUAGUUGGCUGUUUUGUUACUAAAUCAUUCAUCAGACAAAUCGCAUAUUGAUGCUUGAACUCAGUCUAUUCUUCCGUUCAAUUUUUCCAAUUUGGAGGACAAGAAUCCUUUGCUCAAAAUAAGUUGGCUUUUUAUUAUUUGCUCAUUAUGUCGUAGGAGAGACCUAAUUUUUCUCAUUUGUUGAUUUCAGCCCUUAAGGGAAGGUACAAAGGAGAAACUUUCGCAGUUUUGUCAUGUUCCGGUAAGAUAUGUUAAACAUUUUUCAUUGGCGCACUAGAAACAAUUGAUUUGCAGUUUUCUCUGUUGUGGUUUAAGAUCGUUUGUAGAUGAUUCUAAAAACAUAUUGACUUGGUUAGUGGGAUUUUUCUGAAGUUUUUGUCAUUUUUCUGUGCAUAAUAUGAGCAUGACUCUCGUGAUGAAAUCUUUUUUAGUUUGGACUCUCAUUACUGAUCUUUUGGUUUAUAGGCCGGCAAUAUACUUAAUAUCCACGAUGUUCCAAAUAUUUGGCACGUUCCACUUUUGCUUCGGGUGAGUUUUAAGGCUUCUCAGUGUCAACCUCAUUGCCUGGUGCUGGGGUCGUCUGCGUUAGAAAGAUGAUUAAACUUGUCACGGACUCAAAUUGGUUUCAAGAUAAUUUGCUACUCAUCUUUUUGUACAUUUUGCCUACUGAGAUCUCUAUGGUUUCUUUCUGCGUUUAUUUUACAGGAUUCUAACUUCAGAAUAUUUUGCAGAACCAAAAUGCUCAUGAUGCUAUUUUAAAACAACUGGAUUGUCUCAGGCAGGUUUCCCACCUAUCCGACUUUACUUCUCACUUUCCGAUUUCUUAUGAUGAUUGCAAGACAAGUUUUGACAUUCUUUUUGGCAAUUUAACUUCAGCAUUGCUAUCACCCCAAAUUUGGAAAAAUGGACAAAUAUGGCAGAGACUUAUGAUAAUCUCACUGGUUGUGUAAGUUUAUGUGGCAAUCUAUCAUAUGAUUUUUGUAUUGGUGUGAUUGCAUAUUGGUAGUGUGUUAACAAUAGCUUGUCUAUCCAGGUCAAAGUCGCCUUAGUUGGAAAGUAUACCGGCCUGUCUGAUUCUUACCUCUCAGUAGUCAAGGUAUGGUGGUAAAUUCCUUUGAAGUUACUUCUUUUCUGGGCACCAAAACUAAAAAACUUCUCCGAUUUCCGAGCAUGUAGUUCUGUCAACAUUCAUUUUCAUGAGUGAUGUAAUUGGUUAAUAAAGAAGCAUUAUUGCGAUAGUUAGAAUUAAUGAAUUAUAGAUAAUAAAUAUGCCUCCUGAUUGGCAUGCACAGGGAUAUGGAAAUAAGAAAAAAAUCACGUUCUGUAUGUUCUUUCACCUCCCAAUUUUAGCGAGAACAAUAAUAUCAACGCCAGCAAGCAUAGAAUCUUAAAAUGUUUUCUUGAUCAUGUUGCGCGUGGCAGGCCCUUCUUCAUGCUUGUAUUGCAUAUUCUUUAAAGCCAUCAGUUGAGUGGAUCGCAGCUUCUGACCUUGAAGACGAGAGUGCAAAGCUUGUAUGUCUUUCAGUUUACCUCUAAGUUUUUCCCUCCAAUGGUUGAUGUAUCUCAGUUGGAGUUUCACUUGUCUUGCAGACACCAGAAGCGCAUUGCUCUGCUUGGGAUAAUCUAAAAGUGAGAUUCAAAUUUACAUAUGUUGGCUGGGAUUGUUGUCCCUCAUGAUCAUUGGAGAAUUCAUCAUUGAUACACGCUAAAAAAAUAACAGAUAGUGGCAUAUAUUAUCAUGAUUAAGUUGUUACAUUUGUUCAGCUGUUCUAAUAGUUGAUUCGAUGGUUUACUCGACAGAAUUCUGAUUGUGUUCUUGUUCCGGGUGGGUUUGGAGACCGUGGAGUACCAGGAAUGAUUUUGGCUGCGAAAUAUGCUAGGGAGAAUAGCAUUCCAUAUCUCGGGAUAUGCCUUGGGAUGCAGAUAUCUGUGAUUGAGUUUUCUAGAUCUGUAUGUAUCAUCUUGCUUAUCGAAUAUUUUGGACAUGCUUGUGGUCAUUUGUGUUUCGUGCCUUUCAUUCAUUGCAUUUGAUUUUUCAGGCUUUGGGCAUGGAGAGAGCAAACAGUACAGAGUUUGAUGCUGAAACACCUGAACCUGUUGUGAUAUUUAUGCCAGAGGUAAUGGGUAAUAUUUAAUUGCUAGUGAAACUAGUAGGUACAUUUUCAAUGUUUCUUAUUUCUGAUUCUGGCAUGCAGGGAUCCAGAACAUAUAUGGGAAGCACAAUGAGACUUGGCUGCCGUAGAACAUUUUUCCAAACUCCUGAUUGCAUUUCUUCUAAGCUGUACGUACUUUAAAGCUCUCGCCUUUUGUGACAACUCCGUAUGUUAGAGAGAGAAAAAAAAAGAGAAGUCGGUCAAAUAGGGAUGGGAAUUGCUGAUGAGAAAAAUACUUAGUGAAAUUUUCUUCAGAUUGGCAGAUCAAUCUAAUUGGUAGCCCAGCCUUUAGUCGAACCAAGAUUGGUUAGACUGACUUCUGGCUGAUCCAUUAAGCAUCAUCUGAUUCCUUAGUUCUCUGGCAUCAAAGACACCUCGAACAGCCUAGUUUUUGGGGUUCAUCGGGUCAUGGUUUUGAUAUCUCUAGUUUCACUCAACGCAAUAUCCAGAAUUUUGUCACCUGUCAUUUUUCUAUAGAAGCUUUUGAUUUAUUUACUCACCUGGAGUUGGUCGGGGUCACCUAAGCUUUGUUUAAACUCAUCACAAUUUGGUUUGGCAUCGAGCAAGAAAUAUGGGAUCUGAACAGCGAAAUGCAGGUCUGCCAUUAGUUCAUUGCCAACAGGCGACAUCAAACAGAACAGCAAUAAGAUGAUCACUUGCAGUCCAUGAAUAUAGUCUUUCCUGGGGCAUACAUACUGAGCAUGGAAAUAUGUUUUUUGGUUUUCUUGAUCUCAUUGCCAAUCUUUUGUAUUUAGGUAUCGAAAUUCUUCAUAUGUGGAUGAGCGCCACCGCCACAGAUACGAGGUUAGCACCAUGGAUGAAUUAUUGAUUUAUUUUGUUCAUAUUAGUUGUGAAUAAAGUUCGCCAUUCUAUGAAUGCUGAUAAAUCAAUUUCCUCACAUCCUUCGUUUUUCUGCAAACUUUAGGUGAAUCCGGAUGUAAUUGGCAAACUGGAAGGUGCCGGUCUACAGUUCGUUGGAAGGGAUGAAAGUGGAAAAAGAAUGGAGGUACCCAUACAGAAAAUAAUAACUGCUAAAUUAUUAUUAUUAUUAUUAUUAUUAUUAUUAUUAUUAUUAUUAUUAUUAUUAUUAUUAUUAUUAUUAUUAUUCAUAUGCUGAUGAUGACUUUGAUUGCACAUCUCCAAAUAGAUUCUAGAGUUACCAGAUCAUCCCUAUUACGUUGGUGUGCAAUUUCACCCUGAAUAUAAAUCAAGACCAGGCCGGCCUUCUCCUCCAUUCGUCGGUAAGUCACUUACUGCUUUCCCUAUCUGGCCCUUCAGUUUAUGGGGAAACCCUGAAGGGUGUUUUAUCCAUUUACCUGAGUGAUAAAAGAUCCCUUCAUGCUCAGUGAAUGCAGCGAAAGAUGCUGGUGCUGAGUCUUAUUUUCUGCCUUUUUUUUUUUUAAAAAAAAAAAACUUUAUGGUCAACAUGUUUUCCGCUUCUCUUGUCAGAACUCAGGCUAUGGGUUGACCAUCGUUUUCCAUAUAGGCCUCAUACUUGCGGCGUCCGGACGGUUGCAGGAGCACCUGAGUCAACUUCGCAAGUCAGAACCUCAAGCCCCAUGA